CCUACUUAAUGAUUGUUUUUUGGAUUUACGGAUGCGUAUACUUCAAUGGAUAAACCCAUUUCCAAUCGUGAUCAUAACGUACUUUACCUAUAGUACUUUACCUAUAACCUUUCCUUCGAUACCAAAUUCCCAACUUCUCAAAUUGCCGAAGCAAACCGUGCUGAACUCAUGUUCGCAUCCUACAAAUAAUCAGAAAUCGGAACCUCACGGGCUAGCUUUUGACUUAAACUACCUAGGGGUUUAUUGCUACCUUGACCUUGGAAGUGGGUAGUGUCAGGUGAUCGCGAUCCCUUUCUUGAAAAUAAUUGCUCCCAAUGGUCCGCUUACUUAAGCAUCCAACUACAAACCAACACGCAAUAUGGGCACCCCAGCCAAAUAUCUUCCCAAACACAUUCCUUUGGAUACUAUAGAUGAACUAUUGGUUUCAAUUGGUUUACCUAAGGCGGCUAGAAUCGUACCUGCCAAGGUUACUGCCGAGUAUCAUUCCAUCUAUAUGGUUUCGUUGCCUUCUAACGACAUAACAACCCAUAAGGAACUUGUUCUCCGAGUAGCUGGUCAUCAUCUUCCACGUAUUAAGACCGCAAAUGAGGUUGGCGUUAUGUCAUGGAUUGCCAAGAAUACCAAGAUACCGAUUGCAGAUUUGGUUGCGUAUGACGACUCGCGUGACAAUCCCAUUGCUCAUGAGUAUACCUUGUUAGCUCGCGUCACCGGAGAAACUCUCAGCAACAUAUAUUCUACGCUGGAUGCUGAACAGGUCGACGGGAUAUUGGACCAACUAGCGGACAUUGUCGUAGAAUUGCACGGCCAUAGUUGGAACCAAAUCGGUGGUCUCAAUUUAGACGCGCAAGGUGAAGUUCAAUCGGCACGAAUAGUCGACGAGACAUUCUGGACUGUUCCCGAUCUUGGACUUUGGCCCGCCGACGAAACCGUAGAUAGCCUUAACAUCGCCGGACCUUACGAAAACUACGUCGACUACGUCUCGGCACAGAUUCGCCAGUAUAUCCGCCUUAUCCGAAUCCACGACAAGCUUGCCUUCAUGCGCGAUGAUAUUCCCCGUCUGGAGGCAUUCGUAGCUGCUCUGCCGUCGCGUAGCGCAGAACUGAAUAAUACGAAGUUGAUCUUAGCGCACAAGGACUUGCAUUUUUCCAAUGUGUUGUAUGACAAAAUUUCCGGUCGGAUUACCGCGAUACUCGAUUGGGAGUUUUCUGGUGUCGUUCCUGCGCAGCGUUGGGAUCCGGUGCGGGCGUUUCUUUGGACGGGGGAGGCCGGUGAAGCGGGGAUGGCGGAGAAGAGGCGACUGUGGGAGCUAUUUACUUCCCUGUGUGAAAAAAGAAAUACUUCGUUUUUUCCCCAACAAGUGGCGUUUGUGUCACCGCGGCAGGAAGCGAUGCAGAAUGUGGUAAACUAUGUGCGGGCCAUCGUAGAGGUUUCGCCAAGAGAUCAACGGAAAGAGCUGGUAGCAGGCUGGAGAGCUACGGCGCUCGAUAAUAUUGCUCAUGUUGGUGCUUGAGAAGGUUUCAAUGUAUUGCAGAUUGGAAUCCAGCCGAUGGGAAUAGAAUGGGAAAGAUGAAACCGGCGUGAAAUGCACGGACCAGGGAGCGAUACGCCACCAAUGCAGCCUCCCGAGACAUAUGUGAUGGGUGCCUAAUUUUCACGGCAAGGGUGGAAAAAACUUGAAAUGACAG